CAAAAAUGUUAUCUUUUGCCUUUCCUAUGUAUUGGAACAUAAAUAAAUAAAUAAAUAGGUCCUAAUUUGCUGUGGAAAGCUGAGUGACAGAGAGAGAGUGAUAUGGCAUCUCUUGUUGGAAUCUCCUCACUCUCACCUGCCAGAUUACACCCACACCUCAAAUUAGGGUUUUCUUCAAAACCUCAAAUCCUCUCAAUUUCCACUCUCAAAUUCUCUCUCACAUCAUCAUCCACCUCCAGAUGCAUAGGCUCUAGAAAAUUGCAAAUCAAUAAAAAGCUAUUGACUGUUUCUGCUACAAACCCCAAUUCUAGAGGUGGAAAAUCAGAUGAUGAAGGAUCCAAUGUUAAGGAAUCUAAGAAUGCUUCGCAGGGACCUCCUCUCCUUACUAUUUUGGCUGGACUCUUUGUAUUUUUCCUUGUUUUUUGGGUCAUUGGGUCCGUUGUAACGUGGUUGAUAAGUUUGAUUGUUAAUGUGCCCUCUCCAAAAUAAACAUGUUUGUUUGUUGUAAUCUGUUGUUUAUAUGUUAAACCACUGUAUUACUCCUUA